UGGUUUAUUUCUAUUUUCCGCAGAAGCUGGGUUGUUGCUAAAAUGCCUGAGCCUGCAAAGUCCGUUCCGGUUCCUAAAAAGGGAUCGAAGAAAGCGAUUACGAAGACCCAGAAAAAGGGUGAAAAGAAGCGCAAGAAGAGCAGGAAGGAAAGCUAUUCUAUCUACGUUUACAAGGUGCUGAAGCAGGUCCACCCCGACACCGGCAUCUCCUCGAAGGCCAUGAGCAUCAUGAACUCCUUCGUCAACGACAUCUUCGAGCGCAUCGCCGCCGAGGCGUCCCGCCUGGCCCAUUACAACAAGCGCUCCACCAUCACGUCCCGGGAGAUCCAGACUGCGGUGCGUCUCCUGCUGCCAGGGGAGCUGGCCAAGCACGCCGUGUCCGAAGGCACCAAAGCUGUCACCAAGUACACCAGUUCCAAGUAACUUGGGAAAACAAACGCAACCUUAAACCCAAAGGCUCUUUUAAGAGCCGC